AUGGAUCUUGUUUCAUUGUCAACCGAAGAAGUUCGAAAUUUAUUCAAACAUCAACGUGUAAUUUUAAUUGGUGACUCUAUUGUUCGUGGAAUUUAUAAAGACUUGUGUUGCGUCUUGACAGGUAAUAAUCGUUUGUUGUAUUCAAACGAAUUGCAAUUCAAUCGACAUCAGAUUAAAAAAGAAACAUUAUUUGGUGAAGCUAUAGAAAAAUUUUAUGCUAAUCGAAGAAAUAGUGCGUUCAAUGUCGAACAACGUUCAUUAAAAUCAAAAAGUUUUGGAUAUGAUGUUACAUACAUUUUUACAAGCCGUAUUUGGAAUCAAAAAAUGGUCCAACUAUUAUCAUCGUUAGAUAAAUAUGAUAUAAUAAUAGUAAAUAGUCAAAUAUGGGAUUUAUCUCGUUAUGAAGAUAAUGAUGGUCAAUCAUAUCUGAAAAACCUUGAUAUCUUUUUUUCAAAAGUAAAACUUGUUAAAAAAAACAAUUAUAUGGUUGACGAAUGCACCAAUAAAUAA